UAUCUGUCUGCGUCCUGCAAGACGGAGGCGUCAGUUGUAGUAGGCGUGUCUUGUAUUAGGAGGCGUGUCUUGUACUUUUUUAAAUCGCAGUCCACCACGCGAGAUCUUUCCGAGCCGCCAAUAAGCUCAAAGAAGAAGAAGAAGAAGAAGAAGAGAUCUGCCUCUUUCGCGGUAAAACUUCUAGAUCACGCAUCACGCGAGGAAGUUAAGAUGAUGUCGGUAAGUACGAAAGAAGUGAAUUAACAAGAAUGAAUGUUUUGUUUUUACAAGCUGUUUUUUUGUGUUUGUGCUACUGUUUAACAUUCUUUACGAACUAUUUUAACGUCGCCAUAACCGAAUUAUGUAUUUUGCAUCAUAUCUCCUGAAAAUGUGUUGUGUUGUCUUGUCUAUGUUUUGAUGGUCAAUGAUUAUAGCGAUAAUAAACUGUUCAGGUGAAUAGUUAAUGGUCAAUUCAGUGACAUUGUGAGCAGGGAGUCACAGUAUCUGAGAACGUAAGCUUAGCUGUAUUUUUUAAAUUAUGAAGGUUUAAGUCAAAACAAACCAACUGCAAUUGAAUUGAUAUUAAUUGGAAUGCACAACCAAAAAUCGAGAUUUCUGAACAAUUAAACAAAAGGGUGGUUAUACUGUUCCAGGUUCUUUGACAGCGACAGUAGCGCAGAUGGGAGAGUGAGUUGUCUAAUGAUCGGAAGGUUCGGUGUUCGAAUCCCAACAGAGGCGUAUGGUACGGCGUAUGAUUUUGUUUUGUGAUCGGAAGGUUGGAGGUUUGAAUCCUGGCUCCUGCAGGUGCAGACUGUCAUUGGUUGGACCUUUAUUUAUGUUUAAUUUAUUAGCAGCUACAGAUUUUAAUAAUUUUACCAAUAUAUAGGUUAACAUAUCUGUACAUAUAUGUACAUAUAAUAUAGGAAAACGGCCAAUUUUAUAUAUGUCACACAUAUGUAAAACCUAUAUUGAAACAUAUAUGUUUAUAUAUGUUUGUUCCAUGUGGGAUAUGUCAUGUUUAAGGUCAUAUUGAAUAUUGUUCUACUCUUUACAGUCACUGUAUUUUUAGGGUAAAUGAACAAAGGAUUGCGUUUUACAACUCUACACAACAUGCAUGCAACAGACAUGAUAUUAUAAAGUCUAGCCUAGGUUCUCAGUGUGAUUUCAUUCUCACAACUUCACUGAAUUCACCAUGAACUUUGGAACAUUUGUAAUUAACAGUAUGCACCUAUUUUCCAAUAAGGGUAUGGCCCUUAGGAGGUGGUGGUGUAUCAUGUUGAUGGAGAACUUCCAACUGGACAAGUACUUAUUUAACAUUAGGGCAUUUACAGAUUCUCACAUGAUUUAACACUUAAUAACAGGAUUUAUGCUUCAGGUUAUUGCAUUUCUGAUAAUAUUUGUAUUUCACUCUUAUUUCCCUCCACUACCUCAUUUAGCCACGACAAGCUUUUUGCACAUUGGACCAAUGGUCGUAAACACAGAUGAUGGUUGCUUGUACAUUUGCUAGAUGAAAAAGUAAACAUUGUGAAGACAAAAUUAUUGGCUUUUAAUAGUUACACCUGCGCUUACCGUAUUUUCCGGACUAUAAGUCACACUUUUUUUCAUAGUUUGGCUGGUCCUGCGACUUAUAGUCAGGUGCGACUUAUAUGCCAAAAUUAACAUGAACCAAUAUAAAAUAUUACUGUCUACAACCACCAGAGGGUGUUUUAUGCUGCUCUUCUAUCCCACUCCUGAAAAAAUUAACUGAAAACAAUUGAAACUGUAAACUCAAAGAUAAUUGAGAAAGACUUAACAAAAUGACCCCAAAAAGAAAAUCCUAUUCUGCAGAUUACAAACUCAAAUUAUUAAAAUAUGCAGCCGGAAAAAAAAAAUUCUAAAUAAAUCCGACUUAAAGUCCAGUGCGACUUAUAUGUUUUUUUCCUCUUCAUGAUGCAUUUUUUGAGUAAUGCGACUUAAACUCCGGAGCGACUUAUAGUCCGAAAAAUAGGGUACUUUGCUAGCCUGACGUUGUCAUACUCAAUUCUAGUCAGAAUUUGAGUCUGAUACCGCUCCAUUAAGCUAUAAUUAUGAGGCGUGUCUCAACCAAAAAAUGCCUCUGCACUCAAUUGGAUAGACCUACGACCAAUCAGAGCAACGGAGUGUGUGACAUAUGUUGAAAUUAUGUCUUUGCAGCCUGACCAAACUGCUAGUUAUUUCGCUACAAUGACACUAACAUUGUGAUUAUACUGAGUUAGCGAAUGUACAUCAACACCUACUAUGUUUACAACAUUUCGUUUAUAUCGCAACAUGAAGUAUUUACUAAGUCAUACAGUAAGACUUUCUCUUACCAUUUGUACGUUAGGUGAACUUCAUCCACGACGAUACCCAUUACGUUGGCUUGAAAAUAUUGGAGCCUAGCAUGUCCCUCCACUUAUUCAGCAACCACGAUUCCGGGCUUCCGAAAAGAAGCUGGCAACGACCGCUAAUUAUAUCCAUCUCGUCAUGCACGCUGAGUUGCAUCGCCGUGAUAACGUUAGCCAUUUCAGUUGCGACCAACUUUUGCCGAAUAGGAAGGACGGCAAAAACAUCAACAAAUGCCCUGCUCGCGUUUCUCUGUUCCUCUUUUAAAAUCAAUGCUCUGUUGAUAUCUUUUAGAACAGACUCAAUGUCAGAAUCCACACAUCUGAACUCUACAGCGGCAGCCAUUCAACACACGCGCUCUUUGGUGACGUGGUUAAUUAUGUUACUGUUGAUUAUCUGUCCAUCAUCGUAUAAAGCCCGCCCUGACAAUUUGAUUGGUUCGACCAGCAUUUGUCCAAGCAUAGUAGCUCCUCAACGCAGAAACCCCAGACCGAUAUUCCCGUUUUCAAAAUCUUGUGGGCGGGGGUAAGAUCGGCUGGCACCCAGGCUAGUACUUUGCUACUUCCUGGAAAAACUGACUUAACUGCCUGCUGCGACAUGGGUCCAUUAACCAGAAAGACCUAGCUAGGCUGCGCCGCCUAGUGGCUCCGCUCGACUUUAAUUUCAUUACACCAUAUACGUAGUGAAAGCGGAUGGUCAUAUCAGGCUCAGUAAGGCCACCCUCACAACAUACGCAGUACACUUACCCCCCACCCCUGCCACAACAGCUCUGCCCAUCCUCAGUAAGCCCCCCUCCAUUCUUUGUAUAUUUGUCCCCUCUUCUGUAUUGUAUUCCCUUGCAUCUGAAACUAUUGUACAAAGUACAAUUCACAAUAAACAUAAAUAUACCUGUUGUAACUCGUCCUUUUUAUGAGCGUGGAAGCGCAAGGACAAAGGCUUCCUGUGAUUUUGGUUGAUGGCCCCAAGGCUUUGAGAGUGGAGGAAGAAGAGGAGCCACCAGUGAAAACAAUGAAUAUUGAAGACAUGCAGGAAGCGAGCAAUUUGGUAACACAGCUGAAGGAACAGAACCUCUUCAAAGGUGAGGUCCAGGUGCCACGCUUCCUUGGCAUGGAAGACAGCGAGGCUGUAGUCACUGGAGAAUUUCAUUUUUAAUGGUGACACCUUUAAUGCUGAUGAAAAGCAUAAAAUUAUGGAUCCGUUCGUUUUUAAUUUUGAGUAUUUUGAGGACAUGGAAUUGUUUUUUCAAAAAAUUGAAAAUACAACGAUUAAAGUCCAUUGUGGCUUGUUAAAGCAUCUUAAAUGAAUGUGUUAUAUGAAAUGUGUUAAAUGAGAAACGUCUUAAUUGAAUGUGUUAUAUGAGAAAUGUUACAUGAAUGUGUUCAAUGAGAAAUGUGGUACAUGAGAAAUGUCUUAAAUUAAUGUUACAUGAGAAAUGUCUUAAAUUAAUGUUACAUGAGAAAUGUUACAUGAAUGUGUUGAAUGAGAAAUGUGUUAAAUGAGAAAUGUCUUAAAUAAAAAAUGAAUUAUUAAUCUGCUUUCUUUUUGUUAAAGGUGUUUAUUAUUAUUAUUAAAAUGGGGACAUAGGGAAGGAGGUUGUUGUAACGCAUUGAUUUACAAUAAUUAAUUUGCAAUGUUUACGUGUGUGUUUAAACACUGUGUAGUAUGUAAGCUUAUAAUGUUUAUGCAUGUUUAUAAUGUACAAUUGACUGUGUGCUGUGUUUGUAUCUCAUACCGGUUUGAUUUGUAAAUAUACAAAGAACAACAUAAAAAAUAGACUCAUAAGGCACUUCUUUAAUUUAUUGUUAAUUAUAAUAAUACCCCUGGCUUAGUCUCAUUUUCUUUUGUUGAUUUAAAUAUCUGAUUGGAAACGCCAUCUUCAUCACUUUCACUUAUUAUUAAUCCCUGGAAGAAUAAAUAUAUAGAUUUUAUUAAUACAAGGAAUUAAUAAAUGUAUUGCUUUUAAUCAACCAGCAGAAUCCCAGUUCAAAAACACUCCACCCAUACGUUUUAUGCAUACAUAUGCACAAGGUACCGACACUGUUUUAAUAGCCUCUCUAAUUACACAAUACUGAAUGAAUCUGCAUUAAGAAAACGAAAUUUACCAUUAAAAGGCUUUUCGUUGUUGAUGUGCUUCUGACUUCGACGACGAUCUCGCGUGGUGGACCGCGAUUUAGAAAAGUACUAGACACGCCUCCUACUACUACAAGACACGCCUACUACAACUGACGCCUCCGUCUUGCAGGACGCAGACAGACACGACUCGAAAAUCCGGUAAAAAUUAGGGGAGUUAUGAUUAUUCCUCAUUAGAAAUGAAUGCAAGGGAGCGCACUGGAGACCCAUCCAAGAUGGCGGCCGCCCGAUACGUCAGCUCCAAUAGGCAGCUCAGUCUACCAUAGAUAUCUAUGCAGUCUACGAGGUGUCUACGUAUCUAAUGUCUAUGGAGAAAGGUCUAUUGUCAUGAGCACUUACCCAUCAGUCAUGACUCAACACUUUAAAUUUGUAUGAAGUUGUGUUUUCGGACGUCGUACGCCGAUUGGUCUACGCAGCGCCGCUUGAAGUCCCAUAAUUCCUGGGAUGUCAGGAAACGAUGCCCUUAAAAACAAAUCAACACGGAGACACUAACUUUACUUUAUAAACUUGGAUUUUCUCCCAACAUUACAUCAGUAUGAAGAAUUCGUUUUUCUACGUUUUGCUUUUGCUGUUUAUGAAAGGAGUGUUUGAUGAAGAGAUCCAGGAACAGAGGAAUGUUGAUGUGACUCUAUCAGUGAUGGAGGGAGUAACUGUGACUCUUGAAUCUGCUGUUACUGAAAUACAGGGUGAAAUGGUACUUUGGAUAUUUCAAAAAGACACUCCCAUAGCUAAGAAGAAUGAGUCUGGUGUAUUUUUAUAUGAUGGUGAUAAUGGGAUGUUUCGAGGCAAACUACAGAUGAACAAUCAAACUGGAUCUCUUACCAUCAGAGACAUCAGAACUGAACACUCUGGACCUUAUCUUCUAGAGUUUCAUGGUCUUGGGUUUGCAUCCAGGAAAUUCCAAGUUACUGUCACUCCUCUACCUGUUCCUGUCAUCAGCAAAAACUCUUCAUUAUCAUCAAGUUCAAAAUGUAUGUUGUUGUGUUCAGUGAUGAAUGUGAGAGAUGUGAGUCUGUCCUGGUAUAAAGGAAACAGUUUAUUGUCCAGCAUCAGUGUGUCUGAUCUCAAUAUCAGACUCUCUCUACCUCUGGAGGUUGAAUAUCAGGAUACAAACACAUACAGCUGUGUGGUGAACAAUACCAACACAAACCAAACUCAACAUCUCAACAUCAAUGAUGUCUGUGGCUUCAUUCCUUUAGCUUCUGGUAAACAGUCAAUUUAUCCUUGGCUAGCUGUUUGUGUUGUGGCCUUGCUGGCAAUAAUUGUUGCUGUGGUUGGUGUCUGCUAUUUCAAGUCUGGUGACGCAGGUCAAAGAGACCAACCCACUGAAUACGAGUUAAACCCUCUAAAGAACGGUCAAACGUCAAAUCAGGAGGCAGAUUUACAAAGCAGCCAAAUAUCGGUGGAUGUAGUUGAUGAGCCAACUAAUGGUCAAAUGUCAAAUCAGGAAGCAGACUCACAAAGCACUCCGAACCCUGAGAAAGCUGGUGAUCAGUCAACUGGUGGUAAGAAUGUGUGCAUUAAAGCAACACUAUGUAGUUUCCAUGUAAAAAUGACUUACAGCUCCCCCAUGUGGUUGAAAAGCACAACAGUGCCUGGUAUCAGACACUCUUCUGCAGGCAGGGGGAGGGGUGGGGCUGUGUGCUCUACCCUCCACCGCCACUUUCAGAGUGUGCUUGUAGCAGCUAGGAGGUUGCUCAGGUUGCAGCAACAGUACAAUUCGUCCAGUUAAAAGUUGUUCUAUCACUGAAAUAAUUUUAGAUAUAUUAUUUAAAGGUAAAAAAACUACAUAGUGUUGCUUAAAAUGCUUAUGAUACAAAUCAGCAUUUACAACUAUGUUUACAAUGUUUUACAAAUAAAAUACUCUAUUUAUAUUUACAUAGUUUAGAGGUGAAAUUGUGUAAAUUAAAUCUCCAUAACUGUGUCUGAUGUUCUUGAUUGUACUCCAGGUUGGUUUCGUGUGAAUAAAGAUUCAGUAAAGAAUAUAAAGAAGAUAGAGGGAGAGUCUAUCACGCUCCAGUCUGGUGUUGCUGUAACUGAGGAGGAUGAGAUAUGCUGGAAGUUUGCUAAACAUAAAGUAUUUGGUCAGACAAUUCAGUUUGAGAUCAUAGCUGAAUGGACGAAAACGGAUGGGGAGAAAUUAUUAAGUAAUAGAUUCAAAGACAGACUCCAGCUAGAAAAUCUGACUGGAUCUCUGACCAUCACAAAACUCAACACUAAAGACACAGGACAUUAUAAAGUGCAGAUCUCCGACAAAAACACAAAGAUAUUCCAUGUUGUUGUUCAUGCAAGAGUGUCAAUCCAGAGGAUACAUACCACUGAUGACAAAACAAUAUGGGUAACUUUAUAAACAGUGCAAGUGACAGGACACGUAAGCAACAUUCAUAUCGUUUGACAAAAGAUGUGACUCUGGAAUUGUCAGUUUAUAGAUGUGCCUUGAAUACUAUUUCUAUGAACAAAUAGGUCAAGCCACUUGUGCAGUGCAAAAUAUCCCUCAUUGUAUGAGGUGACGCAAUUAGUUGUCCAGCACGGUUCGGUUUCCGAAAUACAGGUUUACAAAUUUUUUACAGGUUUUACAGUGUAUAUCUAAAUGGGGAACUUGACUCUUUCUGUUAUUGUUACAAGGUUUUAAGAUCUCAAGUUCAUACACAGGAAAAUCCCCAGUGUUAAAUUAACUCUACCAGUGUUAAAUCAACACUAUUUGGUGUUUAUAUAAUCCACACCAAGAUCGGUGUUAUAAUAAAGAAAGACAAAUUAUUAAAUGCAAUAGAUGAAUACUGUUGGGUGCCUCCAAAAGCUGCAAUCUUUCACGUGCAGAGUUAUUUUCUAAAUGGAUAAGUUUAACUUCUAAACAGCUGUCAGAACAAAAUACAAGUGCUCAACUAUUCCAGCAUCCACACGCGUGAUUUAGUAGACAAAUCUUCUUUCUGACGUGAUGUCUCACAAGUCAAAUAGACAUUUAUCACAAAAUGUAUCACAUUAAAUCUUAAGUUUGUGUUUGUUAUGAGUUCAUUUGAAGUCACCAUUACUGUGAUUAGUGUUUCCUUUAGUUAGGCAUUUGUCCCUUGACCUUCACUGAUCUAACUCUCCUCUUUUAGCAAUAGCAACAAUGUUUUAGUAAGACCGCUUGUUCAUUGCUUCAUGUAGAGGGAAGCCCUUCCAGACAUUCUCAGAAUGAUUAUUUUUAUUAUAUUCUACUCUACAAAUCAUUGAAACAUUUGAUCACAAAUUAAAUAUGAAGAAACAGGCAUAUAAAAAGCUCUAUGCAAACGACAUUGUAUUGAAUAAGACUGCCGUCAUGCUUUAGUGUGUUUUGUUGUUGUUGUUUUUUGCUUAAGAGAGACUUCAUGAUUUCUGAUACAAAUCUCAACAAUGGUGACAGUUAAUGGUAAGAAAGUUGCAAAAUUUUUGUCAUGUUGCAAUGCAUGAUGGGAUUUAUGAAUGAGUUUUCUACAAUCCUGGUACCCAGCAUGCAUUGCGGCAUGCCGUUUUGUUGUUGAUUGUCACCAUGAUUGUGUUUUAUAGGCUGAUUGUUGAUGUCUCAGUGUGUCUGACUUACACCACAGAUUAGAUUUGGGUAAACAAUAUUUAACUCUUCAGGGUAUGUGGGCUUUUAUAGCACUGCUGGAUUUUAUGGGAGCUUCAUAGGGUUGGCAGAACAUAAAUAAACACUUAUAAUCAGUGAUUACUUUUUUAUGAUAUCAUUGAAUCCCAAGACUUACACUUUCAUAAUAAUUAACAUAGUAACAGUUAUAGACUUCAUUUCUCUCAUCUUCAUCUGCUUUAACAGAUGUGUUUUAUAAACACACUGCCACAAUUAGCAGAAGAAAACUAACACUAAACUUCAAGACCCAAGUACCCAACUAAAGGAAACACUAAACGGAGCAAUGGUGACUUACUUUAUUAACCAGAUUUACAGCAGUUCUUUAGAAGUUAAACCUAUCAUCCAUGUAACUCUGCAAGCAAGUUGUAAUUUUAGUUUUCAAACAGAGAUGAUGAUAUUGUUCAUUUAACUAUGGGGAUUUCAUCUAUUGCAUUUAAUAAUUUGGCCUUCUUCCUCAUUUUAGUAUUACUUUCUACAGAAAAAGAGUCAACAAAAUAAAAAAUUUAAGACAGGAACAAUUCCAAAAUUGAGUUGAUUUGACACGGAAUGACCAGCAGGUGUUCACUACUAAUGACUCAAUCACUUCAUUAUCUUAUUAACUUUAACACUGAUUGAGUGUUUUUUUAACACCAAUCUUGGUGUGGAUUAUAUAAACACCGAGCAGUGUUAAUUUAACACUGGGGAUUUUGCUGUGUACAAACAGGUCGUAAAUUUCGAUUUUAAGUCAAAGUGUGUUUUAGAAAGUAAUGACACAAUCAACACUUGUUUGUGGUCAUUAUGUGAGUUGAUUCAUGUGAAUAAUUUUAGUGCUGCAAUAAUUCAUUUUAAAUGCAGCUACAAGAAGCUAUGAAGGGACCAAGCACCCCGAUAAGAAAGAAAUAGCUAUAGUUAUGUAAUAAAUUGUAAAGCUGUGAGUGUAAUCCAAAGAAACAAUGUGAUUUUGUUUUUACACUACAUUGGUACUUAUGAAAGGGAAACAUAGACUAGCCGGUUUUUACACAUUAAGUUAACUAAAUCAUGCAUUUUUAAUAUAAUUUCAAUAUGCGCCAGUAUUGACACUAUACAACACUACUUCCCAUUUGGCAGCUCUACCAUUAGCUUUUUUAUUGAUUUUUGUCUUAAGUAUAUAAAAGGCAUGAUUACUGUGUGUGGUACGGUUUCACAUGACUCACAUUUGCUGAAGACUGGAACAAAUUUGCUUUAUAGGGGGGCAUUAAAAAAUAAAUGUCUACAAGAAUUCAUAAACAACUCAGGAAAAACGAGAAAAAAACAAAUGUUACAGAAGACCUGACCUAAAUUGUGUCAAAAUGUUUGCUCAUUAUCUGCCUUCAAAACAUUUUAUAUAAUGUUUUUUUUUCUUGUAGAGUUGUUGUCUAAACUGUAAUUUGAAUUAUUCACAAUGGGAAAUAUGUGUAUAAAAUGUAACUGUAUAUCAUGUUAACAAUUACAGUAUUUUCUUAAUUCUACAAACAACUCAGAUGGUGUACAUGCAUUCGUAUGUGCCUUAAUUUAUAAUUACAAUAGUUUUUUUUUUUAUAAUUUCCAAAGCCAUAUGAGGUGAGGUUUAUAGUUCCAAAUGAAUUCAAGCUGUUCAUGUUUAACAUUGAGAAAUGUAUUUUUAGUAUGCAAAUAUGCUACGACAAUGCACUGGUGUUUUAUAUUCAUGUUUAUAGUGUGCUAUUGCUUUUUGUCGAAUUGGGAUUUUAGACUUAACUUGC